AUGAAUCAGAUUAUAACGAUACCACCAGUAGCAAACACAACACUCGUACCUGUUCCAGCUGCUGCAACGGAAGAUACAACUGCAGUACACGCGGCUGCUAAUAAUGCCACGGGCUGGAGCGACUCGGCAGACAAUAAUUCACACGAUGAUGAGUUUAUACCACCAGCACAAGGUCCAUCACUUUCAUAUGAACGUAAAAUUCGUCUUCAUAAAUACGCAGAGAAUCGUGCACGAUCGUGUCUUGGUCUACUUGCAGACUCAAGUAAUGCAUUAUGGAAAGUAUACGAAUGCAAGAAUGAUAUUGGUGUAUACAAGCCUAGUUCGGAUUGGUCCGAGUCAGUAUCUGCUAAGGCUGUUGUCUUUGCUAAUGCGACAUUUCCAAAUGUUCUCAAGACAAUUUAUGACCUCAAGACAUCGGAUAAGUUUAAGCUCUUUAUGCGAAAGGUACUAGGUGAUAUGUUUUUGGAUGCAGAAGUACUGGAAGAUUUGAAUGGCACGGGUGUUUAUCCAAGUGCAAACCCACCCAGAGACGCCCGUGAGAUGUACAAACAGGCGGCUAUCAAGUGGUGGGCUAUUAAGUCAGGCUCCCUGGCUAGUAAAUCCUCAGACUUUUACGUGUUGGAGUAUAUCGGUAUCGAGACUUCGGGAGGGGACAUUGUUGCAUGUUAUAUCUUUCAGGAGUCACUGGCAGAGGUGGGCGGUAUGCCGCACAUCCAAGGUAACAACCUUGAACGCUCUCAGUUCGAUGCAUUAAUCUGCAAGUUUGAACGCACCUUAUCACCGGACUACAAGGAUGAUUUCGUCACGAUUUCCAUUGCGUUCCAGCGUCCUCCACCCAUGGUAAGCCUUUUCCGCAGCAACCCUGCAGUGGAGAUGGUCACACAACUUGCUCGCGGUUUACGUGACAUCCUUGAGGAUCCGCCCGAGCUCCAAGAAUUAUCUGUCGUAAAGACGUCCGCCUGGGUGAAAGACAAAGAACGCCGUUUCUGUGUGCUUUGCAAUCGGCGCUUUUCGCCAAUCUUCCGUCGGCGCCACCACUGCCGUACAUGCGGUGAAGUGAUAUGCUGGUCAUGUAGCAGCACUAUCCGCGUACCCUCGAUUAGUUUCACGCACAACGACACAGGUAAACAGGUGCUAUCUCGCCAUCAACCAAGUAUACGCGUAUGCAGUAAGUGUGUGGUAUCCCAUCAUCGAUCAAAGAGUGGCAGGGAGCUAAGCAACCAAGAGGAUUUCAAGGACUGGAUUCAACGAAACACUGAACAGCAACAACUUGCCACGGUUGGCGAAACAGGCAAUGUCCAACAACUUCGUUUACCCAGCCCCUCACACUCGCAGGAUCUGGCGGGGGCGCUGGAAGCCCCACGUGAUAAACUGGAGCAAAUUUCUGUUGCUAAGGAGGAGAGAAUGCCGCGUAAGUAUCGGCGCAUCAGUUUGGACAAUGCAGAAGAAGAGAAAGAGGAUGACAGCAAUCGCCUGCAUCUGUGUCGAGAGCUUCCAGGUAUCAUUGACGAUAGGGAGCGACGAGAUUCUAAUCUACGGACAUCACGGAAAAUCUCUCGUGGGAAGCAGCGGCAAAGUAAUAUGAAGUUACCUCAGCGCCACAGCUACGGCGAACAAGCAGCUCGUGGCUCGAAGCAUAUGCGUCGGGUGCGUCGAUCGCACUCUGAAGUCAGUAUUGAGCGCGCAACUGGUCACGGGCGGGACGAUCAAGCAGCUAUGGUUAAGCCAAUUGCCACGAAAGCAUUAAGCGGAGGGCGUUCCACCAGGGCUGGUCGUCGUGGUCCCUCGCCUGAUCCUGUGCGUCGAUCAGUUCCAUUAAGCCGAAGCAAUCGGAAAGAAGAAGAGCGACGAACAAGCUCAAUGGAGAUACUUCCAGUGCAGAACAGUAGCAGCUACGUUCAUGCCGCCUCGGCCUGGACUACAAAUAAAACAGAAGUUCUCGCCAUGACUGGAGCCUUUCAGGAAUUGAUGACAAAACUUGGAGGCGACGUCCAUUUCGUGGUCGUUGGUUUUUCCACUGGAUUUAGCGCUGAAGCGAUCGUCAACUUGCUUCGUCAGUUAGCUCCUGGGGUGCCUUACAUCGGUGGAACGAUCGCGCGUGGUAUGUGUGACGAGAACGCUUGGGUUUCUGUAAACAGGCACAAUGAUGAAGGUCUUGUCACGUUAUGGGGUGUGAAUGAUCCUCAUGGAAUUUACUCUGUCGUCCACGCGGAGUAUUCCCAGAGCGAUGCGCAGGAGAAGACAUAUGUUGCAGCUAAAACUGCACUCGCUCGUGUGGCAGCUGAUGUUGAUGCUGGUGAAAAGCCGGCAUUUAUUGCAACGUACGCGUGCCCGCUUUUUGUGGAGCAUGCAAUUGAUGGAAUUCGUGAAGCUAUUCAUUGCCCAAUCAUUGGUGGCUGUUCCUCAGACGCCACUAGACAUGGAGAGGGCGAGGUCUCGGUGUCCUGGAUUCAAAUUAGCAGUAGCAGCAGUUCUGACUACACAAAGAGUGUUCGUGAUGGUCGAGGUGACUGGACUGAGAUGGGAAUCGCGUUUGCUCUGUGUUUUCCCAGUGUGGAAACUUACGUGAGUUGGUUCAGUGGAUACAGCCCAGUGGGGGUUAAUAGCGAGUACUGCAUGGGUACGGUAACGAAAGCGUUGAACAAAACUAUCUACGAAAUUGACUGUAAGCCAGCGGCAGAGGUGUAUCAAGAGUGGCUUGACGUGGCAUCUGACAAAAGCCAAACUGAGCUGUCUUCGAUCGGCUUCCCUCGAUUGGGCAGCCUACACCCCUUGGGCACUACCAUCGAUUUUGUUUCCAACCAAAUGGAGAUCGACCGCAGUAUUGACGUCAACUCCUCCUCCUCGUUGUGCUCGAUGCAGUCAAGUGAUUGGUCCAAACUCAUCAACAUGACUGCAGUGAUCACUGGCAUUAACGAGGAUGGGUCACUAAGCACGACGAGUUCAGUUGCGUGCGGUACGAACGUUGUGCUAAUGGAAACGUCCGCGCAGUCUCUGAAGACCGCCAUUAACAAGAUGGGUGCGCAAGCCGUGGAAAGCAACAAGUUUUACAUCCACGAGACGAUCGGUUGUUUAAUGUUCCUGUCUGCCGGAGUGCAAGCUCUGUUGGGUCACAAGAGCAUGGCUGAGAUGGUCGGUGCGUAUAAAGACUGGUCAGGUGGAGCGUCUUUGAUGGGCAUGACAACGUUUGGUGAGAUCGGGCAUCUACCCAACUCGAAUGAUUUUCCACACUAUGACUCGCUCAUGUUUGGAGCCAUAAUUUUCUCCAAGCGUAAACGUAAAGAGUAUCUUUACUUUUGA